UCUCCUGCAGGAGAGAGAGUCACAUGAGAGGAGUCUGUGGAUGAAAUGGGGUCAAAGCGGCUGAAGAGAGACGUGGAGGCUCUGAUUGACGACUACAUUGGGCAGAAACUCAGAGAAAAGUCAUUUGAUCCAAAGGGGAAGGGGGCGUCCACGAUGCUGGACGACCUGGCUCAUUACGACCUCGCCAUCAGCGUCGCUGUGUGGUGGCUGCACCGAGAGGAAGGACGCGACGUCCUUGACAGCAACCUCAUAGGAGCCACUCGCAUCUUGGGAGGAUCUCAGUAUCCGGACCGUUUAGAGCGAGAGGCCAUGAUCCUGUCGUCCUUUGCUGGGAUUAUUAUGAACAGUCUUCCGGUGGAGGAGAUCUUGUCUCUGUACAAAUGUAAACCGGCGGCGCUUUACCCGAACCACCCGUCAAAGGGUACGAUCGUUUACCCCUUCACGCUCUCCUAUCACCCGUUUGCGAUGUUGGGCUCGUACAAGGCCGUGCAUCACUGCAAGAAGCACAAUGAAAAGUUGCGACGAUGGUUGUCUGAGAGGGAGAAGGCCAACGCUCUUCCCGCUCCAGCUGCAGUGGAAGCUUCAUCCUCUUCGUCGUCGUCUCACUCCUUCCUCAGUGACAGCAGUGACGAUCAGGAGGAAGGAGAUGAGAAGUAUGAAGGUUCUCAGGAGUCUCUGAGGGACUGACGUCCACUUCCUGCAAUUGUGGAAGUUUUCUUCUCUCAAUCAGAUCAAUUUAUGGAAAGUUUUUCAUGACAUUAACGAUCAAUAAAGACAUUAAAAAUCCCACCUACUGUAUCUUUAAUGAUUUAAAUGUGUAGCACUGAUAGAAAACGGAUGAUAUGAUUUUUCUUAUCAGUAAUUGUGAUAAAUGUUAACAUUUACUCUCUGUUUUGGGAACUUCUAGUUCCGUCUCUGUCGAGCUCGCCUCGCUGUUAAAGGGUCAGCCGUGUUGUUUUUUUUUGAUGACCACUGACAUUCUGCGUGGAAACUUUAAUCCGCUCCAUUAAUGGCUGAAACGUUGUCUUUAUCAAUAAAGAGAAUUUGCCUGCGGGGACUUUUUCUUUUUUUGUUUUUUGCUGCUGCUGUGAUGACUCAGGGAAUGUUCGCUUUUCCACGUGCGAGCGUCGAGACACUUGGCAGCGAGUCCGAC